AUGCCUGUUCGACGAGGGCACGUUGCGCCUCAGAACACCUUCCUGGACACAAUCAUUCGCAAAUUCGAGGUUCAAAAUCGCAAAUUCAUCAUCGCCAAUGCUCGAGUUGAAAACUGCGCCAUCAUCUUCUGUAAUGAUGGCUUCUGUGGCAUGUGCGGCUACACACGUGCAGAGAUCAUGCAGAAGCCGUGUACCUGCAGUUUUCUGUAUGGACCACACACUGGAAGACCAGCUGUUGCCCAGAUGGCCAAAGCCUUGCUGGGUUCUGAAGAAAGGAAAGUGGAGAUCUCCCUAUAUAGGAAAGAUGGUAUGUGCUUGCCAUGUCUUGUGGAUGUGGUUCCAGUAAAGAAUGAGGAUGGCUUAGUCAUCAUGUUCAUUCUGAACUUUGAGCUUGCAGAUCAGCAGGACAAACCCUUUGACAGUCCAGGCAAAGACAUCAACCACAAACACACCAUCCCUUGGCUGUCUAAAGCAAGAAGACGCCGGCUCAGGUUGUCUAUGCCUCUCUUGCGCUCCCUAAGUGGCAGCAAACAGUCUCUACAGGAUGAUCCAGAAAAGGGCUACAUGCAGCCGAUGCCUCAUAUGGGCCAUGAGUCAGUAGCCCUGGACAAACUGUUGUCUCUGCCUGAGCGCUCUGCACUGGGUGGAUCUCAGCUUUUGUUGUGGGAAGAAUUGGCCCAAAAUGAGCCCAAAAAUGAGCCACGGAUAUCAGAAGCAUCCCCUCCCCUGCCUCAGGGCUUCUCCCAAUUUUCCCCACGGCUGCCCAACCUUACAUCAGAGGCAUCUCCGUCCAGCUGUAGCAUGGCCCAUAGCCGUUCCUGCGAGAGCCUGUGUGGUAUGCGUCCCUCACCCUCCACCAAUGAUUUCAACUGGGACAAGAAGCUGCCCAUCAGACCCAGUAGCACAGGUAGCGCCAUGCACUGCAAAGCUAGCUUGCAGAACGCCACUUCAGACUCAGAUCUUUUUCGUCUCCGGACCUCAGUUCGAGCCUCACAAAUAACACACAACUUAAUAGACAUAAAGCCAGAUCCCUUAAUUGCUGUUCCGGCCAGUGAGGUUGACAUAAUCACCCCCUGCAAACUGAUUGACCGGACCCAUAAUGUGACAGAGAAGGUCACUCAGGUGCUGUCUCUGGGUGCAGAUGUCCUUCCUGAGUAUAAGCUCCAGGCUCCCCGCAUCCACAAAUGGACCAUCUUACACUAUAGCCCCUUCAAGGCAGUCUGGGACUGGGUCAUUUUGUUGCUGGUCAUCUAUACUUCAAUCUUCACACCUUAUUCAGCAGCGUUCCUGCUCAGUGAUGAGGAGGAGGCUGCCAUUCAAGGCUGUGGCUACUCCUGCAGUCCACUAAAUGUGGUGGACCUCAUUGUGGAUAUCAUGUUUGUUGUGGACAUUGUGAUUAACUUUCGCACAACCUAUGUAAACAGCAAUGAUGAAGUGGUCAGUCAGCCUGGCCGCAUAGCUGUCCACUAUUUUAAAGGCUGGUUCCUCAUUGACAUGGUGGCCGCCAUUCCCUUCGACUUGCUCAUUUACCGCCCUGGAGAAGAGACAACGACUCUGAUUGGUCUAUUGAAGACUGCUCGUCUGCUGCGAUUGGUGCGUGUGGCGCGCAAACUAGAUCGGUAUUCUGAGUAUGGUGCUGCAGUGCUAUUUCUGCUCAUGUGCACCUUUGCGCUAAUUGCCCAUUGGCUGGCUUGCAUCUGGUAUGCGAUUGGGAACGUGGAGAGGAAUGGCCCAUCUCGGAUUGGUUGGUUGGAUUCUUUGGGUGAUCAGCUGGGGAAACCGUAUAAUGAGACGAUACCUGGAUCAGGACCUUCUAUUAAAGAUAAAUAUGUUACAGCCCUCUACUUCACCUUCAGCAGCCUCACCAGUGUGGGCUUUGGAAACAUCUCCCCAAACACCAACUCCGAGAAGAUCUUCUCUAUCUGUGUCAUGCUUAUUGGAUCACUGAUGUAUGCUAGUAUCUUUGGAAAUGUGUCAGCCAUAAUCCAGAGGCUGUACUCUGGCACCGCGAGAUACCACACUCAAAUGCUGCGAGUUCGAGAGUUCAUCCGUUUCCACCAGAUCCCCAACCCACUCAGGCAAAAACUGGAGGAGUAUUUUCAGCAUGCUUGGUCCUACACAAACGGCAUUGACAUGAAUGCUGUGCUGAAGGGGUUCCCAGAAUGCCUGCAGGCAGACAUCUGCUUGCAUCUGAACCGUACGUUGCUGCAGAACUGCAAAGCUUUCAAGGGUUCCACUAAAGGCUGCUUACGAGCUUUGGCUAUGAAGUUCAAAACCACACAUGCCCCACCAGGGGACACCUUGGUCCAUGCAGGCGAUGUGAUUUCAGCACUCUACUUCAUUUCUCGUGGGUCCAUUGAGAUUCUAAAAGGAGAUGUGGUUGUGGCCAUUUUAGGCAAGAAUGACAUAUUUGGAGAGCCCGUUAACUUAUAUGCACGUCCUGGAAAGUCAAGUUCUGAUGUGAGAGCACUUACUUACUGUGACCUGCACAAAAUCCACAGAGAGGAUAUGCUGGAGGUCCUGGACAUGUAUCCAGAGUUCUCUGACUACUUCUGGGGCAACCUGGAGAUCACCUUCAACUUGAGAGAUACCAACACUAAGGCUGGGUCAAUGAGUAGUGAUCCUGACGAUGCUGACCUGGGGGGUCUUGACCGUCACCCACACAGAAAAAAGAUGUUCCUCCAUUCCAAGCAUGAGAGGAAUUCCAUGCCACAAGCAGAUAACACAGAGAUGCCAGAAGACAAACCCAAUAGAAGGAAAAAACUAAAACAGAAUUCAAUCAGCAAACAGCAUGAGGACAAACAAGCUCAGAACUUAGACAUUUUUUCCUCACAGUCCAGCAGUGAUGACGAGGAAGAGACUAGACGACACACUGCAUUAGUGGACUGCUCUCAGAGCCAUAUCACUACCUUCAGCAAUGACCACAAAAGCAGGAACUCUUUCAGUGCACUCUCAGGAGCUCUUUCAGGGGUCUCUAACAUCUUCAGUUUUUGGGGGGAGAAUAGUGGCCAUCAGUACCAGGAAGUGCCUAGCUACAGCAUGUCCUUCCCCUCAUCUUCAGUUCCAUCCAAUACUGUCCUGCACAAUGUCACCCAUCAUAGGCAUUGCACUGAAGUUGAGAACAAACUAGAACUGUUGCAGAGACAGCUCCUUCGACUGGAAAAGCGCAUGUCAACGGACAUCAGAGCCAUAAUGCAGUUGCUUCAGAGGCAGAUGGUGCUGGUUCCACCGGCCUACAGCUCUGUGACUUCCCCUCUAGAAACGUCCCCAAAUCCAACCAAGCCUGGCAAGAAAUUGGUCCAGUCUGUCAACCCUUUAGAGACAGAAAUGCCAGCCAUUCUUUCUGAGAUACUUCAUCCCCAGGACUUUGAUGACAGUCCCGUAAAGUCUAAUGAAAGUCUGUCAGAAGCGAUGGAGCUCCAGCUCCAACUCCUGAACUGUUCCUUACAGCCCACCUCAGUGAGUCAAGCUUUCAACCAGAAUCCAUCUGUGGUCUAUACAAGGAGAUGGCCACACAGUAUAGGCCACAGCGCAGCGAACCUCUCUGAUUAUUCACAGGUCAUGGCUGACCAAGCGAAUUAUAAUUUCAUGGAUGCAGAGCCUUUUGGAACUAAAGAUGGACGGAGGUUAGAUUUGGAGUCCUCUGAGUGUCAAAGACGCCUAUCAUUGCCAGUGCAACAUCAGGUAGAGGAUGAGUCCUCAAUCCAGAAAAGACAUGUCUCUGAUCCUGGGUGUUAAGAGUAAAACUUUUGUUUUAGUAUCUCUGUGAAAAACAGUGCACACAAAUUUAGGGAUCACCAUAGAUGAUUGCAGGAUGUUUUGAAGACCUCAUACUUCAGGUUCUUAUUAAUUACCUCAGAGAGUCAUAUGUAGAGGCAUCAUUAUUGUCCCUGUAGUCUGGUAAAUUUGUGUUAGCUGGUCUAACGAUAUACCUGCGUCUCACUGAAAACAUUUUAAUUUACGAAAGUGUUCAUUUGCUCUUAUGUUAACAUUAUUUUGAAGUGUAAAUGUAAUGAUUUGUAUUAGCAUAUCAGUUUUCUAAUAAUGCAGUUUGUUUGUUUGGAAUGAAUGAUUUUCUGUUUGAGAAAAGAUCUCGAACAAAGCAAUGCACUGAAAAGGUCAAUGAGAGUGGGAUUUAUUAGCCAUUUAGUUUUUGACAUGGAAAAUUUAUCUCAGGCGGCAGAAUCCCAGGCUAAUUUCUUGUGGUUGAAAUACCUUAAAAUGACUGAAUCAAGGGAAUACUGAUACCUGCUGAAUAAUAUGGCAGCAAUUUACAUGACUAAGAGCAUGUGUUAUUAAUGUAUAUUUAUAUACAUUAAUAAAUAUAUGUGAUAACAUUUGUAUAUUAAUGUAUCCCAACAGAAUAUAUUAUUUAAAAUAUGUAUAUAUGUAAUCAUCAGUUUGAUUAAAGGGUCAAAUGUGUAGAAUGUUAAGUUUAAAACUCAAAAAUUUAAUUUUGAUCAUAAUGUUCAAAAUCUAUAUCACCAGUGUAAUUAGAGUAGAA